ACGAGAGAGAGACAGUCUCCACAACCACAGUCACGAGGUUCGGUUUCGAGUCCUCGGAGCUUUUCGUACAUUCGUCCAUUCGCGCGGAACAUGUGGGACGUGAAGCCGCGUCACGGCGCGUCUCCCCCGGAUGCUUCGGGAUCGUCGGUCCGGCGGCCGGAAAGCGAAGCGCAGCAGGCAGGUGACGUCGCCGCUCGGCCGAUGUGUGAGCUUCAGUCACGGUCGCCUCCGACUUAAUUGACUGAUCGUCGGUGGGGGGAGGAGGGGGGGGGGGGGGCAGGAUCUAGUUGAGCGACUGGGGGGCACUGGACCAUUUGCACUUGGGUUUGUGGUGGAGGUCUUCUUCCUUUCUUUUUGUCUAAAGAUAACUGCAUUCCUUCCCCCAGGUAGAGGGGGAGAAAGGUGUGAUUGGGGGAGCGGUUGGGGCUGCUGUGCGUGGGGGGUGAGGGAGGGGGGUUGUGGGGGAGAAAAAAAAAAUGCUGCCUUCGCAGGAAGCCUCCAAAACCUACAAUGACACCUACACGCGCAACUCCAGGGCCAUCGGGGUCCUUUGGGCCAUCUUCACCAUCUGCUUGGCCAUCAUCAACGUGGUGGUCUUCAACCAGCCCUACUGGAUCGGGGACAGCGCCAGCACCCCGCGAGCCGGCCACUUCGGCUUGUUCCACUACUGCGUGGGCACCGGCAACUCCGAGCGGGAGCUCACGUGCCAGGGCAGCUUCUCCGAGUUCGCCUCCAUCCCGUCCAGAGCCUUCAAGACGGCCUCCGUGUUCGUGCUGAUGUCCAUGGUCCUCGUCGUCGGCUGCAUCGGCUGCUUUGCCCUCUUCUUCUUCUGCAACACCGCCGCCGUCUACAAGACGUGCGCCUGGAUGCAGCUGCUGUGCGCCGUGUGUCUGGUGAUCGGCUGCGUGGUCUUUCCAAACGGCUGGGACUCGGAGGUGAUCCGGGACAUGUGUGGGGAGGACACGGGGCGGUACGUCCUGGGCAGCUGCUCGGUGCGCUGGGCCUACAUCCUGGCCGUCAUCGGCAUCUUGGACGCCCUGAUCCUCUCCUUCCUGGCCUUCGUGCUCGGCAACCGGCAGAGCGGCUUCCUGCAGGAGGAGCUGAGGGCUCAUGACAAGGAUGUUGAUGUUUCAAGGCUCCAUCUCGGCGCCUCUCUACGAAUGGCCGCGGUGAGACCGACCCGUUUUCCCAUGGAAAUCCGGGACAGUGGGGGGCCGGGCUUUGGAGUCCAGCGGUUCCACUGAGAACCAAACCCCCCCCCCAGUUCCCCCCGUCCGCUCCUCCGCCCGUUCCUCCGCCCGCUCCUCCCGCUGCUCCUCGUCUCUACGGAGCGUUUCAGACCAAACCCUCAAGGCCGAACUCCAGCAGCUUGUGAAUUAGAACAGGGGGGGAGGUGUGUGUGGGAGGGGGGGGGGGGACGGAGAGGAACGCAUCUUGAGAAGAAGUGUCCCAUUCUGGGAUAAAACCAGUCAGCACACAGCGCGAUAUGAAGGUAUUAAUAAUGUCGCUGUGCAGUGGGUGCGUUCUGUGCACAUUUUUAUUUUCAUGGCUUUUUCCAGCUGUAAACUGUAACAUUAUAUGCUGUGUGUGUGUGUGUGUGUGUGUGUGUGUGUGUGUGUGUGUGUGUGUGUGUGUGUGUCGGUGCUACUUCUGAUAGAAGAUGAUUUUGUGCAGCCACAGUGUCAUUUUGAGGUAUUUUUCAGGACAAUUUUCCACUUCUCUAUGUGUGAGACUCGUAUGUAACUUGUGAGGGUGAAAGCAUUCAUGUUAAAGCACUGAACAUGAAAAUCCCUGUGAGCUGUGGAAUAGUAGAACAGAAGGUGUGUGUGUGUGUGUGUGUGUGUGUGUGUGUGUGUGUGUGCACUGUGACCUCUGACCUCUGUGAGCCGCCCGUCCUCCUCCACUUCAUCUUCGUCUCGCACAGGAGGCACAACCGAAGGGCUGAAGAACGAGCGAGCGGAGUAGAUUUUAUAUGCACCUUUUUCUCGAUUCAGACUCAGUGUGGAAACUCGUUGUAGUUUCCCGCCGGGCGACUCGUCACAAACGCUGCCUGUCGGCGGGCGAGACAACUUUUCGUGACUGAAUCCUGAUCAACCUGAAUCAAAUGUCUGCAGACACUCAUCGUUUCUACACACUCUUCACACACACAUGAAGGCAAACACACGAUGGAAAGCAGUACUGACCUCAAACCAGCAGCACCGAGGAAAUGAGCAGUUCACCAGUUUUAUGGAAUCUCAGACACAUUUUACCUUCCUGUCCAUUUGGAAAAAUGUGCUAACUCACAUUAGCUUCAGCAUCAUCAUUACCCUUGAAAACAGGCUCCUAAAGUUACAAAUGUGCCUGCAAAUAAAGCUGCAAGGGGUGAAAAUAGUUUCUCAGGUGGGAAGUUUACACAGAUGUCUCCCAACUAACUGCCGAUUGGUCUCUUGGCAUUUUGUCAGAUGAACAAACAUAUUUUAAGUUGACUUAUUGAAAUAGUGAUUAUUGAGCAAUAAGGACGACAGUUAAACCGACAGCGCCUGACACACUGAUAGUUAUGAUGCUUCGGUAUCAUCUCUUCUAUCAGCUGGAUUUCACAUCUGUCUCUUUAGACGCUUCUCUUCACCAGCGAAUAACGUCUGAGGUAAAAUAGACUCCUGUAAAGUCUCAGGUGGGAUUUUAGUUUCACAAAAAAUGUUUCCCUUUUCAACAUUUUGAGCUUUCAUUUGAGGUUAAAACUGAUUAUCCAAAUAUUGGACCUGUAAAAUAGAUGCAUACAGCUUGUGACCCUUGUGAGGGGCUUAAGGCCUCGACUGGGAAACACUGGAAAAUAGUUAUUUCUGCCUUUAGCAGCAUUAGACGUUAUUGUACUGGUUCCUACGUUGCGCGCUGGCCCUUUAAGACGUGUGUUUGGUCCCCCAGUCGUCCCAGAGGACUCCGUCUCUGUCCUCGCCUUCUUUUCUUUUCGUAUCUGCCCACAAAUAUGUUUAUUUGUUCAUUCAGUUGUGCACUAUAAAUAUAAACUGAAGUUUGUGAUUUGACCUUUAAAUCCCAAUAUGAGCUUUUCAGUGUGUUUCUUUGUUGUUGUUUACACUGCUCUGCUGUUGUGAUGUUUUGUGGUCAUGGAGCGCUGUGAUACACCACCUUAUCAUUAUCGGUGUUUUAUAAAGCAAAUAAACGAAUAGAUUGACUAUUA